AUGAAAACAGAAUCAAAAGAACGAUGGUGGUGCGAUUGGUAUUUAUCACCAUCAAAUGAUGAAUAUUUCCGAAAAUAUGAACAAUUUUUCUUUCGAUUUAUAAUAUUAGUUCCGGUUGUUGGUAUGUUACUUACAUGGUCAUGGUGGAAUAAUCAAACAUUGUUAAUUCUUCCAGCAACAGCUCCAGCAAAAACUCCAGCAAAAACUCCAACAGAAACUAGUUCAACAUCCACAAUGACAUCACAAGAAGAAUCUGCAACAAAAACUUGGCAGAUAACAUUUCAUACAUCAAAUAAUCCAAGUGGCAGCUUUCAAUUACCAAAAAAUCCGUCUAUUAAUGCAUUGUUGAAAUUUUCAUUUAUAUCAGUAGAUGGAAAAGAUGAAACUGAACAAUAUGAAAUUGAAAUGAGAGAUUUUCCUCAAUAUUUUAAAUCAGAUCGACAACAUUCAUUUCGAAGUAAACUUCGAAAUAUUGGUAAACCGAAACAAAUCCGAUUAAUACUUGAACUAACAGGAAAUGAUGAUGAUGAUGAUGAUGAUGAUGAUAUUAAAUGGCAACUUGAUCAUGUCGAACUUAUUGAUCCAAAAACUCAAUCACAUUAUAAAUUUCCUUGUAAUCAAUGGAUUCGUCCAUUUCAAGAAAAAAUUUUUAAUCUUUCAGAACCACUUCAAGAUAACAUUAGUCGUCGAACUUCAACAGCUACAACCAGUUCAAAAUCUUCAUCGUUAUCUUCAAGUCGCAAAAAACCUUCUCCAAAGCCAACAAUAGAUGUACAAGGAGCAAAAACUUCUUCUCGUUCAUCAUCAUCAUCCUUAUCAUCAUCAUAUGAAUUAACGAAACGAUUUGUACAAGUUCAAAAACCAGCAGUUGAUCAAACACGUCGAAUAUCAACAGAUAGUGAAUCAACUAAUGAAAAGAAUAAAGUUCGUUACCGUAUUAAUAUUUAUCCAUCGAAAGAUGAUGAUGGAGAAUUUAAUGCUUCACCUGAUGGUCAAAUUUUCAUACGUUUAAAUAGCCAAACAAAAAAUUCAUUUAUAGUUAAAAAAGAUACGAAAGAUUGUCCUUCAUUUGAAUCAGGUGAAAAUCAAUCAUUUGAUAUUGAUUUAAUUCAAAACGAAAAUGAACAGCCAACCAAUUUAACGAUUGGAUAUUAUAAUUCAAAUAUUACUGCGGGAAAAUGGAAACUUGAUAAGAUUGUUUUACUCAAUACAGAAACAGGUCAAGAAACUAUUUUUCCUUGUAAAGAUUCUCUUAUAAGAAAUGAUCUUGAUUUACGAGCGAAACAAACCUUUCAAGCUCAGUCAAAACCAUCUGAUGAUCAUGUUGAUGGUGAUGAUGGACAAAGUACACCUCGUAAUAUCUAUAUACCCAAACGUGUAUCGCCACGAUCUGAAAGUGAUGAAAAUAUUCAACAAAAACAAGUUCCAUUAACUGCAAAUAAUCAAACUCGAUCUUCAUCAUCUGAAUCACUUCAACAAGUAACAACAAAAAAUAAGAAUGAUGAAAAAUCUCCAUCAAUACGUUCAUCUCGAAGUCUAAAUGAUGACGAAGAUGAAGAAAGUGGUGAUAACGAAGAUAAUGAAUAUAAUAGAAUGUUUAAAAAACAAAACUCAAAUAGUGAACCUGAAUUGGAUUCAUCAGCAUCUCGACCAAAAACUCGACGUGGUCUUCAAAACACUUUUGGAAAAGAUAACGAACAAGAUAAUGCAGACAAUGAAUCACGAAAAAAUACUGAUAUAUGGAGACCAUCAAGUGAACUUGAUAAAAAAGAACCAGUUGAUCCUCUUAUUGGUUUAGAUGAUCUUCAAGACCAAACAUCAAGAUCAAAUGAUAAAAAAAAUCAGAAUUCUUCUCCAUCGACAGUUAAUAAUCAAACAGAAAAUCAAUUUAAAAAUUGGUAUCCUAGUAAUACUGAUGAUGAUGAUGAUGAUGAUGAUGAUGAUGAUGAUGAUGAUGAUGACCAUGAUGCUAAAGAUUAA